UUCAUGAAUCUUGUGAGAAUGAGCCACCCAUCACGCAUCACGCAUCACGCAUCACAGCGGUCUUGGAGUGCACUGUGUUUGUGUCGGUGAAGUAGUGACAGUCAAGUCAGUCAAAUGAGUGGUUCAAGGUUAGGAAAGCAGUAUAAAGAAGUAUGGUUGUUUCUACUCCUGCUUCUUGCACGAUCUGGCUGCAGUUUCGUGUGGCAGAGUCCCUUUGCUAAAGUAGCAAGAUUGGGAAAAGCCAGGUGGUAUCCACAGGCGACUCGAGACGAUUACGUUGGGACUACUAGUGCUGCUGGUACUGGCUCCAUCGACUCCGAAGAAGCUCUGUUAAAAGGAUUCAUUACAAAUCUAUUUUCCGUUUGUGCUCACAUCCAAAACCCAGAUCUUUACGAGCCCACAUGGGCAGACAACGCCAGUUUCGAAGAAGAAACAAAUAAAUUGUUGACGUCCACGAGAGUGGCCAAAGGACAAAUUGUCAGUCUGGUUCCUCUGAAUGCCCUGGGUCUCGCCUUGCCCAAGAAGCAAGGGAACCGUAAAAAAAGACGAAAAACCAAAAAGGCAGAACCGACAACAAAAAAGGACUUUGUAGUCUUUGACCAAGAUCGAGAUGGAGCCUACUUUCAGGGACAACUUUCCCAGUCUCUCAAGAAUUCGGAACCGCUCCGAAACGACUACAAGAUCCGCAUGCCACUCUCCAUUGCCAUUCAUGGCAAACCACAUGACUGCAACAUCUUUGUUGAUAUAAACCCAAACCAUCCACCAAUCAGUGGAUGGAUGGGACACAUGGCAACCAGAGCCCAGGAAGAAGAAACACCCAACUGCGUGAUAGUACAGCUGUUGGGACCUGGUCCACUUUGCGCAUUGGUGGCUACGACGGACAUGGAAGAGGGGACAGAACUUGUAGUGGCAUCUCUGCAAGAGCCCUUUGACAAUCCACAAUUCAGGGCUAUGGUGGCUGCCAACUACAGAGUCGAGCUGCAGGAAUUGGGUUCUUAUCUCGAGAUGGUCUACCAACCGCCCAUUGAGCCAAGGCUGCCAGAGCGUGUGAUUCUCAAGCAGGACAGAAUGGGAAUUGCUGCAUCAUCGCUGUUUCAUACAGUCAAUCAGGACUAUCCUGGUCUGGACUAUCUUUAUCGCGACCCUGACAUUCUGGUCAUUGACAACUUUCUAACAGAGGAAGAAUGCGACGCAAUCAUUCCUCAUGCAGCAAAGCAUCUAUAUCCUUGUGUGAUUAAGAGUCCUGAAACAGGCAAGGUGUAUCAAGAUCCUACCCGCACAAGCACCAAUGCCAACAUGCCACAACGAGAUGUCCCGGAAAUUGUCGAAAAGAUUGUCAAUUUGGUCCAAUGCCCGGAUGCUUCGUAUCUGGAACCCUUGCAGGUCCUCAAGUACACCAAAGGACAGACGUUUGUACCUCACACGGACGGUUUCGAAGGACCUACCACAGCAGGUGGAUUCUACGACUCGGGGCGAUUGGUCACCGUCUUUUGUUACCUCAACGACGUUCCAUCCGGUGGAGAGACACGCUUCAAUCAACUGCGCGAUGAAAACAACAAACCGCUUUCCAUUGCACCGAAAAAAGGCAUGGCCGUCCUACACUUUCCCACCACGACGGAAUUGCAGGAAGAUCCUCGCACGGAGCAUGAAGGGUGUCCUGCUGGUGAUUUCGAAAAAUGGUGCUGGUGACAUGGAUGUGGCAGCAUCCUCGGACAGAUCCACAAUACGCAGAGAGCAAGUUCCCUUCCAUCAUGGGCAAGGAUUAGUUUGGUUUGGUCGAGACAACUUGUUAAAAGUGAACGCUUCGGGGGGGGGGCUCAACUGUUUUGACAUGGCGCUUGCACUCCUCUCACUUUCAAGGAGCCUUGCCCCCCAGACACGUCAGACGCCAUUCUGUUGUACAGCUGGUGGCUCUGUCCCCCAAAGCACGAUGGUGUCAUUCCGCCAAAAGUUCACUGCUUUUGGACUAAGGCACCGGUGUUACACAUUCUUCUAACUGUUGUUUACCACUUGU